UAAAGUUUAAGCGAGUACGUGGCUUUACAUACUAUUUUGUAGGUGCCCUGGCAUUAUUAAAUUUAAUACAUAGCAGGAGUAGCAAGAGCAGGAGCAGGAGCAGGAACAAGAGCAUAAGAGAGAAAGAUGGAUGACCCAACGGCGGAUCCAGACUUUGAGGAGGACGCAGAUUCUCCAGAGUAUCUGCUGCCACCUCAAAUUCCUGACACUCAGCCUCAGACAGAAUGUGUGCAGCGGCCGCCACCUCAAAAUCCCUCCACUGACCCCCAAACACAAUAUGUGCAGCCCCCGACAGCUCAAAAUCCCUACACUGCGCCUCAGACUCAAUAUCAUGUGCCUCAAAAUCCCUACAAUGACCCUCAGAUUCAAUAUGUGCAGCCACCACUGUCUCAAAAUCUGUAUGCUGAUCUUCAGGUACGAUACGUGCAGUCAUCAGCCUCUCAAGACCCCUACAUGGAGCCUCGAGAACAAUAUGUGCAGCGGCCGCCGUCCCAAAAUCCUCAUGAUGAACCUCAAGUACAGCUUGUGCAACGGCGGCCACAACAAAAUUUCCAUGCUGAACCUCAUCAUAUGCAGCACGUGCAGCCACCACAGCCUCAGGUACAGCAUGUGCAACGUCGGCCGCCACCACAAAAUCCCCAUGCUCAAUCUCAUGUACACUAUAUGCAAAAUCCCCACGCUGAACCUCAGGUACAAUAUGUGCAGCCGUUGCCGACUCAAAAUCCCCACGCUGAACCUCAGGUACAAUACGUGCAGCCGCCGCCUCGAAACCCCAACGUUCAGUUUGGAAAUGUUAUAUACGUUCAGGCACCGCCACAUGCUUCUCUUCAACAAGGCGGACAUAAUAUUCCUGCACUCUGGGCCUCUAGCCUAUACUCCUGCACGGAAGACCCUGCCAACUGUUGCCUCACAUUACUGUGCCCCUGCAUCACUUUCGGGCAGAUAGCGGAAAUAGUGGACGAGAAUUCUCCAUCAUGCAUUGUGAGCGGACGGAUCCAUGGGCUCCUUUGUUUGGCGGGGAUUGCGUUCUCAGCGUUCUUUGGUCUGCCUCUUUUUGGGGGAUUUGCAUGGUGCUAUUCAUGCACCUACCGAAACAAGAUGCGGGUCAAAUAUAACUUGGCAGAGACCCCCUGCGCAGAUUGUCUAGUCCAUUGUUUUUGUGAGCCAUGUGCGUUGUGCCAGGAAUAUAAAGAGCUCAAACAUAGAGGAUAUGACCCUGCUCUCGGUUGGAAGGGAAAUCUACGAAAACAAAAGCAAAAGGACGGCACCAUGACACCUCCUGCCAAUAAUACCAUGGCAAGAUGAGCCCUCUGCUCAUAAUCUGUGUUCAAUUUGGGAUUUAUACACUGUAAUAAAAUUAUUAUGAUGAUUUAAUUCACUAUUGAAUAUAGUGAAUUAUUGAUAUGUGUAUAUAUUAUGAAAUUGCUUCCUAAAGGUCAUAUUAUAAUGACCUAUACAACUUUGUAUCACGAAAAACUAUUUUCCCUUGCUUUCAAUAUUGUGUUGGACAUUGCAGUUUGUCAGAUCAUUUUCCAUGAAAAAUGCAACAAAUAAGUUCUGCUUUGUGUAUCCA